AUAUAGAUAUGCUUAAUCGUGCAAUUAACAUAGGUUUUCGUAAAGCUUUGCCUCAAUAUAGAUUUUCAUCUAGAAGUAAAGUGAUAAUAGAUAUGAAAUAGAUGGGCCUUAUAAUCCAAAUAGAUAUAGACAUUAUUUGAAUCCAAACUUUUUCUAAUCAAAUAAAGAAAUAGCAGAUAUAGCUAAAUCAUAAUAAGUACCACUUCCAGGUAUAUAUAUAUAAAUUGAUUAUGGAAAGUGCGUAAUGUCAGACAUGUAAAUCCAGUGAGAUAAUCAGGUCCUUUACCUCCAUAUGAUGGUCCAUAUACGUAUUUAAUAGUUAAUAUUAUUAUAUAGUAUGGAAGAUGUCAGAGCUGUAUGGUAGAAUACUUCAAUUGGUAGAUAAGGAACAUGGAGUUGUUAAAUGGAUCCAGAUGAAAUAAUGAGAAGAGUGCCAGGUAAUUAGAUAUAUAUAUAUAAAAUGAUUAGGCAUUACUAGAAGAGAAGUUGAAAAGAUCUUGAAUAUGGGUUUAACACCAUAAGAAUAAGUUGAUUUUGCAUAUCUAGUUUAUAAUUGUGGUUUUGAUGUUGAUUAUGUUCCAAACAGUGUUUAUGUUGCAAGAUAAGUUGUGACAAAUUCUAAAGGAGAGAAAGUUGAAAUCCUUUGGAAUGUUUAAGUUUUAGAAGAUUUAGCUAAAUUACCUGUUGGAUUUGCACCUGUAAGGGAAUUGAUAGAUUAUCAUUGGGAAAUAUUCUUAUGGUCAGAUCCUAUGAUUAAACCAACAGGUGAUUUAGAUUUAGGUGUACCUAACACAUGGUUUGAAUAUGAAUGCGAAUGUAUUUAGAAAUAUUAAUUUUGUUUAGGGGGAGGUGAAAUGGUUGGUAUUGAAGAUUAAUUUAAUAUUCCUGAAAGUGAUAGAGUUUUUCCAUCACCUAGAAAUCCUAAUUGUAGAAAAGAAUUAUGGAAAUCUUAGGAUGAUAUCUAAGAAUAAUUAGAAAUGGAAGGUUUAUAUUAUUUAUACUUUUAUUUCUAGAUGAAAAUUGGUAUCCUAAAGGAACAUCUUACAACAUUUAUUAAUAAGCUGACUAUAAAAAAGUAACUAAAUCAGACAGCACGUUCUAAGAAAAAAUAUGAUAAUUUAAGCAUAU